UCAGGCAAUGACUCCUGUCAUGAAAUGGCAUGUUAGAUGCCGGGGGACAUUGUACAGGUUGUUGGGAGUCGUCCAACAAUCCCACGUGUUUCAGUAGAUGGUACAUAUUGUAGGCAUGUCAACAUUUUACAGAGGGAUGUUAGUAAUAGCCUAGGUACACAGUUAUAUAUCCUCCCUUUUCUACUGUUCAAUUUGAGUUGGAUGAGUCAUUUUUGCCUCUCAAUUCCUUUGACCCCAAACCCCUCCCCUGUCCUGUACUUCUACUUCCCCUGACCAAUCCUGACAGACUCUGACAGCCUCUCCAGCCUAUCAACACAACAACCCAGCCUAUCAGACGGAGAGGAGCAGCUGGACCGCCUCCAGCAGAUGGAGCUCACUCGGAACACACCCAUGUCACUGUGGAAGGCAGGGGCGGUACAAGCCUGGCUGGAGGUUGUCAUGGCAAUGUCCAUGUACCUUCGUGCUUGCUCGGAAAACGUCAAAAGUGGGAAGGUGCUGCUGGGGCUGACAGACGAGGACCUGGAGCUGGGACUGGGCAUCAGUAACCCCAUGCACCGCAGGAAGCUACGCCUCGCCAUCGAGGACUACAGGGAGGCAGAGUCUGGCCAGGGGCUAUCAAAGGCUGCUGAAAUGGACCAUCACUGGGUUGCCAAAUCUUGGUUGAGUGACGUUGGGUUGCCCCAGUAUUCCCAAACCUUCCAAAGCCAACUGGUGGACGGCCGGGUGCUCAACUCCCUCAGCCGACGAGACCUGGAGAGACUCCUGAACAUCACCACCCACUCCCACCAAACCAGCCUGCUGCUGGCCAUCCAGCUCCUGCAAUUGCUCAACUUCGACAAAGAGGUCCUGGAGGCUCGCCGAGCCCAGUGUGAGCACAAGGACCAGGACCCAGUGGUUUGGACUUGCCACAGAGUCAUAAAGUGGAUCAGAGACAUAGACCUAAAAGAGUAUGCUGACAGUCUUCAUGGCAGGGGAGUCCAUGGUGCUGUGUUGGGUCUGGACCCCUCAUUUGAUGCAGAUGCCAUGGCCAAGGCCCUGGGAAUCCCCAGCCACAAACAUAUGCUUCAUCGGCACAUGUUUGAGGAGAUGAAGGCUCUCUCCAUCCCUGCCAGGCAAACUAGUGUGGAGCAGGAUUGUGAAGUGCCGGGAACGGGAGCCCCACCACAAUCCCCUUCUGCUGUUAGCCGCUAUAACGAGGAGAUAGUGUCUAUGAGACGAAGGUCAGGCAAGAGUCCUCUUCGGUUUAACCCAAAGAUUGCCAUUGGGCGGGGCCUUGGUUACCAUGGCAGCUGUGGAUCUCUGCCCAGAGAGGCACGGGUGCAGGCUGUGCCCAGGACAAAGGGAAGUCCCAUGCACACCUACAAGAAUGUAGAGAUCACCAAUGUCUGAACUGUGCCCUGUGGGGGAUAUAGGUGGUUGGCUCCAGGUGAAAAGCAUUCAAUAUCAACAGAAUCGCUGUUUUUUGACCAUCUAAAAUAAAUCCAAAUCUUUGUUUUUGGAAUUGACCAUUUUAUUUCCAAUUUCAGAAACAUUUAAUUUAUUGUUCUUCAGUAAUAAAUAUCAGUGGACUUAAUGCCUUAUGUUUGAAUAGGAUAAAACUGUAAACACGUUGUAACGUUCAAAGCUCCACUUUGCAGGAAAACUGGUGGCAUAUGUUUCCGUUCAAAAAAUGACCGUCACAAUUGUUCUUUAACAAGGCAUCUCUUGUAACAUACAUGGAGGAACAUGAUGGUAAUAAUGUGUUGGCGCAUAGCAAGAGUCCAUGGAGGGUGAAAGUGGUCUGUACCCGUUGCCAUGUCAGGAGGAUGUUCGGUGUUCAGGAUCUCUGGAAGGAAGAGGCACGCCUGAUGUCUCGGUCCUUCCACGUCCAUGCCCUGUUUCAUGUAUCUCACUGCCUGGCCUGGCCGGCCUCCGUGUGUAGGAAAGAGAUGUUGGCCCGGCCUGCCUGGGUUUCCUGGCUCAAAUCAGUUGCAGAUGUUCACUACUUGUCUGGAACUUGGGACCCAUAUCUUCGGGAAAACCGCCAUUCCCUGGGUUCCAUGUAAGUUUAGAAUUACAUUCCCAUAUUGUGAGAGAUAACUGGCCUUGGGUUAAGACAACAGCCAUCAGGAGAAUAAGGUGGGUGGGGGGGGUCUCAGCAGAGCUUUCAAUUUGUUCAAAUAGCUCAAAUAUGGCCAAGAGGCACAUACUACAGUUUGUUAUGUUUGUCAGAAAUAUAAUACAAUUCCUUGUAAACAUGCUGGAAAAAUUCCUAGAAACUACAGAGGCCACUCAGCUUUUCAUACUGUUGAAUUAAACUCUUUUGUUUGUUAUUUGCAAAGGAGUCUUUAAUUUCAUUGUAAAUACGGGAAAAUAUUACAUUCUAAUAUUCAAGUCAUAAUAAGAUUUUGCUGUCUCUCAAAGUGAUUACAAUAUUGUAAAUAUUUGUACAGUUUGCAUUACGGAUACUGAAGGUCUAAUGCCGUGGUGUAGAAUGUUUACGUCGGCCAGGAUGUCAAGGGAAAUCUUAUUUGUUUUCUAUCAUCAUUAACUCAGUAUACCAGUAUACAGUACAACAGUAGAGCAGUGUAUUUCACCAGAGCAUUCCACAACCAUAUCACACAUUCAAACAGCUGGAGGGGGCAGAGAAACAGAAGAGAACAGGUAUAUCAGCUAUGGCGAUCUCCUACAAAAAUCAAUCCCAGCACCCUGGUGAACAUAGUCAGAUAGACAUACAAAGUGGGAACAUUAGGCUAGUUCAAACUAGUCACAUGUGGUUGUAAGAUGUGGUUUGAAUAUCAAAGGCUUGUGCUUUACAGAAAACGCACACUAAAUUGUUGAUUUGUUAUGGCGUAAAACAAUCUGCUUUCACUCAAGCAUAUCACAUAAGUAUAGUCAGACUACUAACAACAGAAAAGAGUGGCAAUUUCCAUUAAAUGAGAAAGAGUUCAGAGUUUAUAUUGUAUUGUUUUCAUAUAGGUGUUUAUGAAGUAAUUAUGUACUGUACAUGUGCCACUGCUGGAAAAAAAAAUGUUUGAAACUGCUGUACAUGAACUACAAUACAUGACUUGUGUUUUGUGUAGGCCUACUCAAUAAUAAAGAUAUAAAUGCUAUCAGA